AUGGGCCUCCUAACAAUAAUUCGCAAAAAUCGCAUGAAGGAGAAAGAAAUGCGGAUAUUAUUCCUUGGAUUAGACAAUGCUGGAAAGACGACAAUAGUCAAGAAGUUGAAUGGGGAAGACGUUAUGAGUGUCAGCCCUACACUUGGAUUUAAUAUCAAGACGUUUAUCCACGGUCGAUAUACUUUGAAUAUCUGGGACGUUGGAGGUCAAAGAACACUUCGACCGUACUGGAGAAACUAUUUCGAACAAACUGACGCUGUGGUAUGGGUCGUAGACUCGAGCGACCGCAUGCGAAUGGACGAUUGUAAAGAGGAAUUACACAAAUUACUAACAGAAGACCGUCUCGCAGGUGCAUCUCUCCUUAUUUUCGCCAACAAACAAGACAUUGACGGUGCAAUGUCUGAAUCCGAGAUUCGCGACGCCCUUGACCUGCCUAGCAUUCGCUCACAUAAUUGGCGCAUCUGGAGCUGUAGUGCCAUGUCGGGACUCAAUCUCGUUGAAGGCCUCGACUGGGCUGUCGGCGACGUUGCGCAGAGAUUGUACUACAGCUCGACUGUCGUGCAGCCAUUAAGGAAGGAGCCAGCCGAUCUCGACCAAAUGAGAGUAGAACUUAUGAGUCCUUGUUUGCUUGAUCAUAGAGUCUUGAGCGAUGGGAGUUGAUGUAUAAAGCUACUAAUAAAUAUUGCGAGAUUAUACUACAGAUAUGUGAAAUGUAUGCCCUGAUUGUCUAACCGUAGAACCC